AUGCAGGCGACCAAAGACGCCGCCGAGUCCGUUGAUGUGAACGCGGCCGUGGCCACAACCUCAGGCGGUGCAGGCGCCGAACCCACUCCGAAACAACAGCGUUUGUUCAUCGCCCGUCAGGCGUGCGAGAUAUGUCGCCAGAAGAAGACGCGUUGCGAUGGCGGCAACCCGUGCGGCAUGUGCCGGUCCAGCGGGUUAGAGUGCGUCUUUGCUGAGCGCAAGGCCACCAAGAACGAGGUGUCUCUUGGCAUGAUCUUCAAUGCCCUGCAGCGCAUCGAGCGCAAGAUCGAGCACCCUGCCCCUUCCCCCGGCGCCGGUGCCGGUGCCGGUUCCGCCCAGGCCGUCUUGUCGUCCAAGCGCCGUCGGAGGGAGAGUAGCCUGAGCCAGGGCUUCGUCACGUCUCCCGGCGCCACUUUCCGUGAUGAGCCUCCGGAGCCGUAUGUGCAGGCUGCUGCUGGCACGAUGGCCCAGAUGACUACGGCCAGCCCGGCCAAUACCGUCAACAGCACCGUCUCCGCCCCACGCUCUGCUCCCCAUGUACCUGUCAUCGAGUAUCCUGCUCGGCAAGCUGUAACGUGGCCUGUGAUUCAUUCCAUGCUCAAACGUGCCCUCGGCGAGGACAGGUACCAAGGCUACAGCGUCAUCCAGGCUACCUUGACGGAGCAGAAGCGGCCUCCCAUUGCCUUUGCGCCUGCCUCGUCCAUGUCUGUGCAUCACCUGUCGCGUCUGCAUAUCUCUCAUGUCAGAGACCUCUGUGACAAGUUCUUUGCGACGUUCAACCUGACCUAUCCCAUCUUGGACCGUAAGCUGUUCAGUCAGCAUACUUUGGGCGUUGCCAUCAACAGCGAUUUUGGAUAUAACAUCGAGAGUUGCCUCGUUCUGGUCGUCAUGGCUCUGGGCACCUACGGUCAGAGAGCACUCCAUGAGGGUGGUUUUGGCUUUCCAGCGGCUCUCGCAGGUGAGGCUGGGCCUCGGGUGUCUGAGUCCGUGCCGGAGGAUGGCUUGAGCUUCUUCAACGAGGCUCGUCAGCGGAUAGGUCUUAUCAACUGUGACAACAGUAUCCAGAGCUGUCAAUACUAUCUACUCUGCGGACUCUUUUACUCACAACUCCUGCGUCCAAUUGACUGGUGGACAAUGGUCAACCGAGCCAGUGUUUGCGUGACCAGUUUCUGGGCAUGCCCACCUGAGCAAUGCGACGGCUGGAUGAUCGACAUGCAGGCCCGCCUCUUUUGGAACACAGCCAUGUUCCAGGCUCUGCUCACUCAGGAGCUUGAUCUGCCCAUUUCCAACCUGGAAGACUUUGAGGAUCGAGUGCCUCUUCCCAAAUUUGUCGAGUUUCCCGGCCUGUCCUCGAUGGUGUCGCUGACAGCUACCACGAACGAGAGUGAUGAGCGUGAUGCUUUCUGUCACUACCACUUCCUGUCACAGAUUGCGCACCGCAUCAUCCUGACACGCAUGUGUGACAGCAUGUUUGCAAGCCGAAAGAAGCGUUCGCUCCCGCCACCGACUUCUGAAGUCACAAUGACUACCAUGUCGAGGGCCGACUACCCGCCUCAGGCCCUCGAAGAUGAACUACUACACCAGCUCGAUCAGUGGCGUCAGCAACUACCUCCGUAUCUACAGUGGGAUGAUGCUGCCCCUGUACCGCUACCAGACUCGCCAGAGAACAUACUCGUCGAGCCUUGGCUGCGAGGCCGGUUCUGGAUUGCAAGAUAUCACCUGAGGCGGCCAUUAUUGCAAGUUGUGCUCUUUCUUUCAAGGUUGUUCGGCCAACUCCUUAUUCUGGAAGCUCUCCGUCGCUCUCCUGUCCAGCAAUUACGCGAACUCCCGCCUGACGAUUACGACUUGUGGUGCCGGUUCGCCUUGGGAAUUCUCGAGGAGUAUGCCUCGGCCAGUCCGAUCGUCGCAAGGGACUUUGAGAUCGCUUCUGCGCUGCUGAGCGGCAAGUGA